CCAGCCCAAGCGCUAGGAUCAUUGUUGUCACUGUGGUCCUUUCUUCUUGCCUGUUAGCAACAGGUUUGCAAGAGAUGCCGAAUAUCUGCCUUUUAAGUGGAAUACGUUAAAGGCUUCGGGGGGAAAUGCCAAGCAAGCAGACUACUUCUUCUACAGAUAUGCUGCGCGUCGCCUUGGUUACAGCGUUUCAAUUAUGUUUUCCCAUACAUAAAUAGGGAACGAGGUACAGAGGCUUCGUUCCCUUACUUAUCAAGCUGGAGGAAUAAGUUCUCAAGACUUACUGCACAGCAGUGUAUAAAAACACAAAAGUUCUAGGCCAUCUCAAGACCAUGCAGAAAUUAGUUGUGAAAUAUGGUCUACAGACCGGUAUACGUGCUCUGCUAGAUGCCAUGGUUACGGAUAAGAUUCACCUGGCGCGUUUUAUCCUGGAUGUGCUGGACGACAAAAUUGUGAACGUGCGGACGCACGAGGCGCGAACACCACUGAUGGAAGCAGUACUGUUGCAAGAGGCUGAUGCUCGUGCACGCUUUGUGGUCCUGCUGUUGGAGCGGGGUGCCAAUGUGAACUGCCAGGACGAUGUGGGGCGCACGGCUCUUAGCUAUUCCUGCGAAGUGGGCUGUCUCCAUACCGUCAAGGCACUGGUACAGAAAAACGCUGACCCUGAACUAGAGGACGUAUGGGGCAACACUGCUCUAAUAUAUGCCACUGUAGCCGGACACAGCGCUGUUGUGGAAUUCCUGGUGAGGGCGUUUAAGCGAUUUGGUUUAGAUAUUGACCGGGCUAACAUGGUGGGUAAUUCUGCUUUACACAUUGCCAGGUAUAUGGACCACCAGGACUGUGCCCUCGUACUUAACAGUCAAAGCAAGAAAGACUGUGAAUCUGAAUUAUUGAACUUGCAAGAAGGGGAAAACAAGCAGUCAAGAGUCAGACACAAUGAAAAACAAACGGUAGCAGAGCUGGUCCAGCAACAAGCUGAUCCUAAAUUUGAGAUACCUUCCUUGCAUCAUCUCAGUGUUGGACCCUUCUUGGAGAAGCGUACCCUUCCAACUCUGGACAGGAAUCGAUCUCUAAUAUUUAGAAGACGACUGGAGUCCAUGGACUUGAUUAACGAGGAGAAAAGGGGCACAGAGAGCUGCUCUGAUUCGCCUGCUCCUGUUUUAUCCAGCCUCCCUACCCCAAUACCUCGUAUACGAUCCUGGAGUGUACAGUAUGGUAACAUCUCGGACAGACAGGUGGAGAAGGUCAGUGAUGGAUGUUUUCCUCCUUUGUCCAACGUCCCCUCACAUUAUUCACCGACACGAACUAAAUCAGCACAAAUAGGCAUUUCAAAUAGGUCAGGAGGCCCUACUUACUUUGCUAACAACAGUUCGAUGCUCAACCACCUGGACAUUCUCUUAACACCGAUUGCUCCAGCUAAAGCAUGUCGAGACAACUUUAAUUGGGAAAAAACAAAGCAUUUGUCUAUAGAUGCUAAAAUGAAUAGUUUGAGUGAAAGUUACUACAAAAAACGCAGCAGUUUGCCAAACAGUGUCUUUUCCCCUACCCCACCAGAUCGCACUAUUUUACCUAGGUGUAAAGCAAAGAACUUGAACUUAACAUCAAACCCGCAGUUAGUGCCUUCAGCCUCAAAUUCCCCAUCAUCCUGCUCUCCAAGGACAACAUUCGUCGUGUUUGGGAAUAAACUUCUCAGGCGCUUCACAUUCCCAGAUUUCCGUGAACAGGACACAGAAGGACUUGGAAGUGUAGGUGGCACUGAUGGUACUGCUCAGUCCUGCCCCGAGGUGGCACUGGGAUCCAUGCUACCUAGAUCGGAGACUUUCCCUCUUAGCAAAAGUCACCAACAAGUAGGCAGCAAGCCCAGCAUUGAUGGCAUUAGUGAGGUCAAGUGUGAGUUUGACUUUCAAUUUAAGAAGAGCACUUCUUAAAUGUCCUGUUAGCUUUAUGGGGGUAGCUUUUCGUGCAAGCUCCUUUAGGGCGGCUAGCAAACUCCUUAUGGACACCUUUCGACAAGCAUCGAGAGUUAAGGACAGUUAAAACCAGAAUGUGUAUGUCAGUUGACUAAGAACCUCGACGUUAUUAACACGGAUGUAUGUCUGCUCUGAAGAACAUAUGUGCUAAUAAUUGUUGCCAUUUCUGUCUGCAAGGCUUUCCUGGACAUUUCUCGGCUUUAACCCACAUUGUAAUUCUUGCUGAAUGGUUCUUUUCUAGGUGGAAUAUUUAUCUGAUUUCAGCGCAGUCUGCAUUUUGCCUUAAAACUAAAAUCUGUAUAAAAAUUAAACAUUACGCAUGACAAGCUGGAGUUUUAAUUAUGAACAUUACACCUUGGAAACUGAGACAGAGAUUUGCUUCUCACUUCACUGUGAAUAAGAAUACAGUUCCUCAAGAGCGCGUUGUAAUUCUUCGUAUUUUCAGUAAAGCCGGCAUGCAUUUCAGACACGAACUUUUUUAUGCAAGAAAGUGAUUUUUUUUAACUGCGAAAUGGGACAGUCUAUGAUAAUAUUUGCUCCAGGCUAAGUUCUGAAUAAAUGUAUGUUUUUACAGUCUUUGAUUUCCGCCGUUAGAAUUAAACGUAGCAUUGUUUACAAGCACACACUAAUAAAUCAUUUUUUCUUCUUUAA